ACUCCCCGAGAUAACUGGAGGGAUUUUUAUUUUGGUCCCUUCUCUUCUGUUCUCUUCUGUUCUCCGCUUCUUGUUUGUUUCCCAAGAAAAACGGAAGGAAAAUAAAAGGCUAUAUAAGGUCAGAAAAAUAAAUAAAAACUAAAAUAAAAAUCCCAGAAAAGAAAAGAAAAGCGGUUGAGACUAGCAGAGAUGCAAACUGUGGUGGUAAAUACGGCGUCGUAUUGCGGCAGAUCCCACCAAGCCCUAGAAUCUCCCUCGUCCUCUUCUUCUUCUUCUUCUCGCUCCUCCAAGAGUUGUGGGAGCUUGUUUCGUACACAUGUUUCUCUCGCGAGGGGAUAUAAUCCAGUGCGGCGGAGCUCACGCUGUUCCGUUCAAUCUCGUUCACGCAGCCUAGUUGUGAAGGCUGUUGCUACUCCAAAUUCAGCAUUGGAAUUGCCACUAACUGCAGAGAAUGUUGAAAGUGUAUUGGAUGAAAUCCGACCUUAUCUAAUUGCAGAUGGGGGAAAUGUGGCAUUACAUGAGAUUGAUGGCAAUGUUGUACACUUGAAGCUACAAGGAGCUUGUGGUUCUUGUCCUAGUUCUGUUAUGACAAUGAAAAUGGGCAUUGAGCGUCGUUUGAUGGAAAAGAUGCCUGAAAUAGUUGCAGUGGAACCAAUAGCUGAUGAAGAAUCUGGCCUUGAGCUGAAUGAAGAAAAUAUAGAGAAGGUUCUUGAAGAAAUCAGGCCCUAUCUGGUAGGGGCAGCUGGUGGAUCUCUCGAACUAGUGGCAAUUGAGGAACCGAUAGUCAAAGUAAGGAUAACAGGACCAGCUGCAGGGGUGAUGACUGUUCGUGUUGCUGUUACUCAGAAAUUGCGAGAGAAAAUUCCAGCAAUCGCAGCAGUUCAACUUCUGUAAAAUCUCAGGGAGAAACCAAAAAAAUAAAAAUCCUAUUAUAUUCUUGCGAUUUUUUAUCACAGCAUCUUGCAAGUAAGGAGCGUUUAUACAACUCUGUAAAACUUUUGUGAUAGUUUCAUAUAAUAUGUACAGUUUUAUAAUAUUUAGUGGGCUAACAAAGUUGAGAAAAUUCUUGUUAAUGGAAAUUUAGGCUUGCUGAAGAAACUGUUAUCCAUUUCCAUGUUCAAACUUUAAUGUUAAAUUUGUUUUGGCCUAUUUA